AUUUAUAAAUACAUGUACAAUAUAAAUAUAGAAUUACCAAUUUUGAAAUCUAGAUCUGUGCAGUGUUUAUUAUCAUAAAUCGUUUAAUUUGCGGAUAUACCGAAUUCGUUCGAAAUUGGUGGAAAAUUGUCUUUUUAGGAUCAGGUUUGUUGAAUACAGCUGAUAAGAAAAAAGGUCCAAAAUGUCUGAGGUUGACAAAUCACAGCUGAUGAGAUAUAUUGAUAUUGAGAAGGAGAUUCAACAACUGGAGUCGCAAAAUGUUCUCAAGAAUUACGAGGUACGAAAAAAGGCGGCAGUCGAUGUGGCGGAAACAAUAAAAUCAGUUGAAAUCACCUUGCAGCAGCUUUCUGUGCAAACGAAGAAAGAGAAAGCGGAUGUUGACAAUUUGCAGAAGCAGAAGUCUAUCGGAGAUUAUUUAAAAUCCGAGGCCGAUUAUAACAUUCAGUUAUCUCGCGAGCAGGAAGAAUACCUUGAGGCUCGUAACAAGGAAGAGGUUGCCAGGCAACAGUUAGAAGACCUGAAAAAACAACAUAGUGAUUUACAGAGCAAGGCUGAUGAAAUUAAAGGGCCUGCCGGGCAACUUGAAAAGUUGUAUGAAGAAAGGGAUUCUUUGUUGUCGGAUAUUUUUGGUGGUGAAUAUGGUAGCGAGAAAGAAAACUUACUCGAGGCUCAGUUUGAUCAGCUAAUGGACAGGAAACAACGAGUGGGUGUGGCACAUUACAAAUGGACAAACGCAAGAAUUCUGCUUCAGCAUGCGGUAAACCAGUUGUCACAUUCUGUACAGAAAUGGACAGAAUUGGGAAAAAUUCCACCACAAGAGUGUACGAUUCGGUACAAUGUCGCUACAGAGACACGCAACAACAACAUUGCAGCUAUUCAGAAUACUCGUAGCUGUACUAGAUACCUCGGGGAUAAGAUAGAGUUCCCGUAUUGCAAGGAGGAAGAAAUGUGCACUAUGGAACGUGCCACACAAAACAUUUACAUUGACAUGGUUCUCCCAGAUAGACAUAAAGUUGCAUUUACUUGCUAUGAUGUAACACGAAAAAGGGCAACUGCACUCUUACAGUGGUUCGAUAAUGUAAUACAGAAUACUAUUCAGACAGAUUUGAAAAAGGUGACAGAAGAAGCAAGGAAAGUUGAAAAGGAAUUACGAGCAGAAAGAAUAAAGCUUAUCCGAGACAAAGUAGCAGAGAGUGGCGGUGAUGUGAAAGGGCUUACAGAUGCAGAGAUGAUGCCAGGUCUAAAGGGCUUGACAGAUGGGUUUUCCAAAGCUGAUCAGACCAAGUUGUCGGACGAGGACAUGGAUAUGAAGGGUAUUGGAAUUACACGCCCGGCACCUGUCGGUGAUGACCAUAACAUUCCAGAUGCACAACAGCAUGAAAUGCACCCACCCGCACCAACGCCGCUACCUCUGGCAGAGCUUGCACCUCAGCCAUGUGAACAAGAUUUGUUUGGAGACAUAUCUGAGUUGAAGGAACAGUAUAAGAAGGAUACUGAAGAGUUCAAAAAGGCACAGGAUCUAAACAAAGCAAGAAUGGAACAAGGUCUACAGGCCAAACUUGCUGCUAGAAGACACAAAAAGAAGUAGAUCCCAUACUCUGAUAACAUGACAUUAAGAUUGUCCUGCUCAUAUAUAUCACAUGACACAAUCAACCAAUCAGAAGACAAUAACAAAAAUAUCAACCAAUCAGAAGACAGUAUCAACACAGUCAACCAAUCAGAAGACAA